AUGACGUCAUCGGCAGCGACACCUCUUCAGCAUACGAGCGUUCUUCCCUUUAUGUCGGACAAACAACUUGCAUUGUUUGUUCCGGUCGUGAUUUAUUGGUUAUAUUCAGGGUUUUACCACCUCGUUUCAACUUAUGAGAUACCUCUUUUUGAAAAAUAUCGACUUCACAGUCUUAUUGAAGUAGAAACAAGAAACAAAGUUUCACAGAGUGAAGUUAUUCGAGCAGUUUUAUUACAACAGUUUUUACAGACUAUACUAGGGUUAUUAUUAGUAGUUGUUGAAGACGAGGAUGCAUUAUUGGACGACGUGGUUGAAAAGAUAGGCUACCAACAAAUGUUAGCGUCUAUAUCAAAAACAUUUGUUAUAUGGGAUGUGCUUGAACCGUUCCAUAAUGCUAUCGUAGAGACGUUAUACUGGUUUUUAAUUCCAUUCUCACGGUUUCUUUUUGCCAUAUUACAUGCUCCAUAUGCUUUUGGUGCACUUUAUAACCAUCCUGUAGAAGGGUUUGUGAUGGAUUCCGUAGGUGCUGGAUUAGCGUUUAAAUUAUCAGGAAUGACAACUCUUGGUGGAAUGACUUUUUUUGGAUUUGCAACAUUUAAAACCGGCAAGUUUGGCCAUGAUAUUCAUCAUCAAACGUACGGAACAAAAAUGAAUUAUUCACAACCUUUCUUCACCAUAUGGGAUCGAAUUCUCGGAACUUAUUUAUCCGAAUCUCCAAAAGUUUUAUUAUCAACGGGGGACAAAUAUCCUCCUCAGACGAUCGCCAUUCAUAGCCUUACAUUAAAGGACGAUGGGAUGAUUGAUGAACCCAGAGUCCAUAAAAUGCAACGAAUCGUUUCUGUGAGAGAUUCUCCUAUCAUCAAAAGAAAACAACCAUUUAUAAUUUCAAACAGAAAACAUUCACAGAAUCCUCCUGAAAUUGCAAAAUUAUCGCUCACACAAUAUGGUCCACCAAACAUUCAUGAAAAAUCACAAAGUCCAAAUUUAAUAAUUCUUCAUGGUUUAUUCGGCUCAAAGCAAAAUUGGAAAUCGUUGGCUAAAACUUUCGCUCAACGAUUAAAUACGCAUGUUUUCACUUUGGUAUUUGCAACUAUUCCACAUUUAUCUGUUCACAAUUAUGAAGUGAUGGCAGACGAUGUUGCAGCAUUUAUCAAAGAACAUAAACUUAAUAAAACCGUUGUAAUGGGUCAUUCUAUGGGAGGAAGAGUGGCCAUGGCCAUGGCGCUUAGACAGGUACCACAUAUCGAAAAACUCGUGGUUGUUGAUAGUGCUCCUAUCUCUACUAGGAUGCCUCCAAACUUCUCCACUUACAUUGAUGUAAUGAAAAAAGUUGAACAAGCCGGAGUCGUAAGACUAGAAAAGGCUGAUAAAAUAAUGGAGGAUUAUAUUACCGUAGAUAUACUAGGCGAUUCAUUGGAAACAUUGAGUGGAUUUCCAUUCGAUUCGGCUCAUCACACAUUCCACAAAAAGACUUUGUUUAUAGCCGGAACGAAAUCAAAUUAUUUACCCCCAAAGGUUUAUACAACAAUACGAACUUUUUUCCCCAAUGCGGUUAUUGCAGAAUUAGAUGCUGGACAUUGGGGUAAUAUUAUUGGUACCAAAUUAACUCAUUUUUGGUUUAAGCUACAUACGUUACGUCAUGAUUGUCGAUCGUACUACCUUCCGAUUAAACAAAAAGUGAGAAAAAAUAAAAUGAAAAGACGCGGGCCUUAUCCUUCCUUAUGCCUGUUACUUUUUGGUGGAAUUUUAAUUAUUUGUAAUUUCUAUGUCUUACCCGUGAUAUCUCAAUUUGCUACGUUUGGUGGUAAACAAGUAGUUUUUACGGGUCCAUUACUACCUCCUCAGAAUCAAGAUUCUUUUAUUACAGAUAAAAAAAGUUUAGAAGACCUGGAUAAUGAAGUUUUUAACGAUAUUUUACCAACAGUCUCUCUUUAUACAAAUCGUGGGGAUGUUUUGCGGACGGAAAGUCUUAAUUGUAAUAUAUGCCAUUCAAUUGCCUCGAAGAUUGAACAAUUUAUGUUGUUAAAUGUUACUCAAGCCGUAAUAAUCCAAGAAGGAAUUCUUCUUUGUAAAGUGUUUAAACUUCAACCUAAUCGUAUGUGUGAAGAAAUAUUACCAAAAUUUGGGCCAUGGGCCAUGACAGUUUUGGCCAAAUCUGUAUUUUCAGCAGAUAAUCUAUGUAGUAAAGCUCAUUUAUGUCCUAAAACUGAUUUCGAAAAACCAGAAGUCAUCGAUCUUCCACCUCAAAGGCAACCUGUCGAAUCCAGUACCACAACCAACACAAAUGAAUCAUCCGAUGAUGUUGAGAAAAUGUGGGUCGUUCAUUUGAGUGAUUGGCAUUUUGAUCCAGAUUAUUCUGAAGGUUAUGAAGUUCAUUGUGGUGAACCGAUUUGUUGUCGACCACCUAAUGCUUUUGGUGAUAAGGCGACGACUCCAGCUGGAAAAUGGGGAGAUUAUAAUUGUGAUAUUCCCAAGAGGUUGAUUGAAAGUAUGUUGGAGUUUGUGCCAACUGUUGUACCGAAAAUUGAUUAUAUCCUAUCUACUGGUGACUUGCCCCCACACGAUGUUUGGGCGGAGACACCUUCAUCGAUAAAGGAAACAACAAAUGAAACAACAGCUAUUUGGCGUAAAUUCUUUACAUCAGCCCCAUUCUUUCCAAUUAUUGGAAAUCAUGAAUCGGCACCUGUAAAUUCAUUCCCAACAUCAUCAAUCGAUGAUAUUUCCUCAGUUUCAUGGUUAUAUAAUUCAUUAGCAAAACAAUGGAAUGUUUGGUUGACUGACGAUGCACUUGAAUCUAUUGAGAAAAGAGGAUUUUAUUCAGCUAGAUUACCCAAAGAUAAUUUGCGUAUUAUAGGAUUAAACACCAAUUUCUGGUAUAAAUUUAAUUGGUGGAUGCUUAUUAGACCACAUGAAGAAUGGGAUCCCGAGCAUAUGUUAAAAUGGGUUAUUGACGAAUUAGACGAAGCCGAAGGACUUGGAGAAAAAGUUUGGAUUCUUGGGCAUAUGGCAGCUGUUAGUGGAGAUUCAUUCCCAUCAUUUAAUAAUUAUUUCUCUCAAAUUGUCGCGAGAUAUAAAGACACUAUUGUUGGACAAUUUUAUGGUCACACUCAUUGGGAUGAAUUCCAAGUUAUUUAUGAUUUUCCUAAUGCCGAGAAUGAUGAACCACAUCCAGUUGGAGUUGGUUAUAUGGGACCUAGCGUGACGUCGUUUAAAAAUGUGAAUCCAGCAUUCAGGUAA